AUGUCUGAUUUCGGCGAUGACGAUGUUGGCGGCGCUGGCGGCGACGAGCCCAUGUACGAGGAGGAGGAGAUCACCGAGUACUACGACCCCGAGGUUCUCGAGGAGGAGGAUGGUGACCAGCAACAAAACGGACAAGACCAGGAUAAUGUCGUAGUCUCGGGAGAUCCUUCUGCCGCUGCCAACGCGCUGAAGGGCGGCGACAAGCUACUCAAAGACAAGAAGAUUCCCGAGAACGAGCGAACUACCACACCCUACAUGACCAAGUACGAGAGGGCACGCAUCCUCGGUACACGCGCUCUGCAGAUCAGCAUGAAUGCGCCUGUGCUAGUUGAUCUGGAGGGCGAGACAGACCCCCUUCAAAUUGCGAUCAAGGAGAUGCGGGAAAAGAAGAUCCCCUUGAUCGUGCGGCGAUACAUGCCCGAUGGCUACUACGAGGAUUGGACCUGCGAGGAACUUCUGCAUGUAUCAGGAGGUUAA